GUGUAACUACAAUUUUCAUAUUUUCACGUUUUGAAAAGCUGAAUUAUAAAAAUACUUUGCAUGUUUCAGCUUUACACGGAUAACUUCUUUUUAUUGGAUAUAUACAAUUCAGCAAGAUAUUUUUCAGAGACAGGAAAUAGUCCUACAUACUUUUAUAGGUUCUCCUUAGAUACUGCGUUGAACUUCAUGAAAUCUUUGUAUGACAUAGAAGAGCCAGGUGCCUGUCACGCCGAUGAAUUUUCCUACCUUUUCAAAAACGGGUUUGCCCCUGAAGAUAUUGAACCCGAAAGUUCUGAGUAUGUCGGAAUACAACGGAUGAUCAAACUUUGGACAAAUUUUGCAAAAUAUGGUAAUCCUACACCAAGCAAUAAGGAUAAAGUACUCUCUACAAUCUGGAAACCGCUUGAACCCCAACGAUUUAACUAUCUAAAUAUUGGGGAAGAUUUAGAAAUGAAAAUCGACCCCGAAAGAAACGCUAUGGAUUUCUGGAACAACCUGUAUAAAGAAACCUCUGUACCUAAAGCUAAACUAUAAUCAUAUUUUUUUAUAUAUAAUUUGAUGUGCCGAAAAGUACUGUUUAAAUAAAAAAUUUCUGUGUCACUUUA